GGCGGAUGGGACUUACGCGCUCCAUGGCACUGAGUCCUCCCUCCGUCGAGUCGCGCCCCUGCGUGGCUCGUCCGGCGCGGAUCCCAUGUGAACGGGUCGUGGUCAUGGAGCCGGACCUGGGCAGCUCCUGGUCCGGGCCCGGGUCGGCCAACGCGAGCCGGAGCGGGGCGGCGGGACUCGUGGUGUCCGGGCGGACGCGGCUGCUCCUGGAGAUCCUCAUGGUGCUGAUGUGUCUGGGCGCCGUGACAGGUAAUAUUCUUGUCAUUGUGAUUGUUGCCGCGACCAAGACGUUCCACUCUGUGACCUCGGUGCUGAUCAUGAACCUGGCCAUUAGCGACCUCCUGGUGGGCGUCGGAGUCAUGCCUUUCGUCGCUCUGUCCAUCAUGAACCGCGGAUGGGUGGACUGCGCUGACCUCUGUUUGUACGUGGGUUACACCGCCUCUGUGUAUUGCACAGCCUCCGUACUGACACUGGCUGCGAUCGCUCUCGACCGCUACCUCUCCAUCAUAGACUGCCUGCGCUACAGCUCCCGCUGCACCCUGUGGAGGACCUGCGCUGUGGUCCUGUGGAUCUGGCUGCAGGCUCUGGCCACCAGUUGCCCCCCCCUGCUGGGCUGGAGCUCCGUCAGUUAUGUGGUCCCCAUGUACAGCUGUGCCGUCAACUGGGCCAGCAGUCCCAGCUACACGGCUUUGAUGGCCUCCCUCUCCUACUUAGUACCCGCGGCGGUCAUCCUCUUCUGCUACGUGAACAUCGUCAAGGUGGCGCGCAGCCACGCAAGGAGGAUUCAUACGCUGGAGGACUCUGUCCAGCGCAGCAGGGAUCCCAGCUCUGCCUUCACUCCUGAUGAUUCACCCCAGCAUCACUGUGGGAAACUCCACAGCCCCUCCAGACUGAUCUAUCAUGUGAGUGGACAGUUUGUACCUGACGUCGACAGAGAAGUGGGAAACAAUGUCUGCCCCUCUCUCCCUUAUUCAGCUGCGGAGCUGAGUAACCCUUUAUCCAGACGUUUGGUCUCCUUGCUGGCUCAGAGCACCUCCCAGCCUUCCCCGCAGAACUCCCAGCAGCACCAUAACCACCACGGAGUGGUGCGUCUCUUCCUGGUCAUUUCAGCCUUCUUCUUCUGCUGGACACCUUAUAUAGGCGUGGCCCUUGUUCAGGCCACCGAGACGGCAAUCUCAGGCCAAUCCAGCCUCGUCCCACCCUUCGCCGUUACCUUCUCCUACUGGCUGGUGUUGCUGAACUCUGACAUCAACCCCCUUCUGUACGCUCUGCUUAGCAAGCGUUUCCAGGGCGCUCUUCAGGGACUUCGGCAGAAAAUAAGAGCGCGCCUGGGGAGCGUGGUGGGCAGGGCAGCGGAGGUCAGGGCCGAGGGAGACGAUGGCAGGAGCAGUGACCCCUGCACUCUGAACACCACCCACUCUGGUCCACCCUCUGGCUCCGAGAGUUCAACCUGUGACAUGUCUAAGUGUUGCCCCUCCAUUUUUAAUGCUGGCAUUGACUUCAGACAUCUUUCCGAGGAGCAUCUAUGCAGAGUGUGUCAAACUGAAAACACUCCCUCAUCCUCAGACACUGAUGGCGACAGGAGGGUGGACAGCUUGCAGGUUCCUGCCCGGCCACAGGGGGGCAGUCGACUACCUUUCUCUGCUCUGACCAGGGAGCGUCAGGCCACUUUCCUCUACGGCCAGAUAACAGUGAGAGUAGAGCACGAUGUUUGUUAACUACACUUCCGUUCAUGCUGUCACAGGGGAAAAUGCCAGACUAGGAAAAUAUUGUUAUUUCAAUUACUGAUGAGACUAUUAUUUUCUUAAUGAAAUUAUUAAAAUGUUGCCCCAUGGAAUGAAAAAAAGAAAGAAAAACAAAACGAAAAGUUUGUGCUUUUCAUUUCCAGUCCAACAUUUUAAACCAGGACAAUGCUCACAUUUGAAUAGCUGCAAUCAGUCAAAUGUUUGGUAUUUCUGAUUAAGAGAAUAUUAAAUGAUCAACUAAUAGAGAUAAUUGUUUUCAUAAUUGAAAGAUAAAAUAAUAUUUUUUACCUGAUCAAUUAAUUUCUUUUUCAAUAAAAUGUUGUUGAAUACUGAAAAAUGCCCAUCACAGUUUGCCAGAGCUGGACAUGGUCUAUUCAAAUGUCUUCAAAACCCCAGAAUAUUAAAUUCAAGACAAAAAAAAAGCAACAAAUCCUCACAUUUGACAAAAUGGGACUAGGUGCCUUUUGCUUGAAAUGUGACAAAAA